UUCUCUCUCUCUCUGCUUCGUGCACACAUUCACCUUUUGUUUUCAGUCACACUCCCUCUUUGAUUUUUAGUUCUCUCUGUGUACUAAAAACCCUGCGGAAGGUUUGAGGUUUCGCUCUCUAGAUCUGCCUCAUUCAGGGAAAGCUUCUGUUGCUGCAGUUUCAGGGAAAUGGGUGUCGUCUCUAGAAAGAUUUUCCCAGCAUGUGGGAGCAUGUGCAUUUGCUGCCCUGCUCUGAGGUCAAGAUCUCGGCAACCUGUUAAGCGUUACAAAAAACUGCUUGCAGAGAUAUUUCCUAAAUCCCUUGAUGGACCUCCAAGUGAAAGAAAAAUUGUCAAGUUAUGUGAAUAUGCUGCAAAAAACCCUUUUCGGAUCCCGAAGAUUGUGAAGUAUCUUGAAGAAAGGUGCUAUAAAGAAUUGCGGCACGGGCAUAUCAAGUUUGUCAAUAUUGUCGCAGAGGCCCACAAGAAGUUGCUUUGCAUCUGUAAGGAGCAGAUGGCAUAUUUUGCUGUUAGUCUGCUGAAUGUGGUUACUAAACUUUUGGACAACUCUAAGCAAGAUGCUAUGAAGAUAAUUGGAUGCCAAACCUUAACAAGGUUCAUCUACAGUCAGGCAGAUGGAACCUAUACACAUAAUAUUGAAAAUUUGGUGCGUAAAGUAUGUGCACUGGCUUGUGAGAAAGGGGAUGAACAUCAAAGGCGCUUUUUAAGGGCUUCAAGCUUGCAAUGCCUCUCAGCCAUGAUAUGGUUUAUGGCACAGUUCUCACACAUUCUUGUUGAUUUUGAUGAGAUUGUAUAUGGUAUUUUAGAUAACUAUGAGCCUGGUACUCAUACUGAUGGAGAUGUUGAGAGAGAGGAGCCACAUCAUAAUUGGGUGGAUGAAGUAAUUAGAUGUGAAGGAAGAAGUGGUGCUGUUCCAUGUGGUGAUACUAGCCCUAGCUACAUGAUCAUGAAACCACAACCAGAAAAGAAGGAUCCUUCGCUUUUGACAAGAGAAGAAAUUGAGACCCCAAGAGUAUGGGCACAAAUUUGCAUCCAAAGAAUGGUUGAGUUAGCCAAGGAGAGUACAACAAUGCGCAGGAUACUGGAUCCAAUAUUUACUUAUUUUGAUUCUGGACGGCAUUGGGUUCCUCAGCAGGGGUUGGCUGUGAUUGUUUUGUCUGAUAUGUCUUACUUCGUGGACAGUUCAGGGAAUAAGCAGCUAAUUUUAGCUUCUUUGAUACGUCAUCUGGAUCACAAAAAUGUUUCACAUGAUCCCCAACUCAAGUCUUAUGUCAUUCAAGUUGCUACUACUUUAGCUAGGCAGAUUAGAUCAGGAACCGUGCUGGCAGAAAUUGGAUUUGUCUGUGACCUAUGCAGGCAUCUGAGAAAAAGCCUUCAAGCCACAGUUGAGUCAGUUGGUGAGCAAGAGGCAAACACAAAUAUCUUGCUGCAGAACUCCAUCGAAGACUGUUUACUUGAAAUUGCAAAAGGGAUUGGUGAUGCACAACCACUGUUUGACCUGAUGGCAAUAACACUGGAGAAGCUGCCAUCUGGAGUCGUUGCCAAGGCAACCAUUGAAGCAUUAAUGAUUCUUGCUCAUACAAUCUCUGUAGCAUCAUUGUCUUCACGCACUCAACAGAUCUUUCCAGAAGGCCUUCUUUUCCAACUGUUGAGGGUGAUGUCACACCCGGAUGUUGAGGCACGAGUUGGAGCACACCAGAUAUUUUCUGCUCUUCUAAUCCCAAGUUCUAAUCAUAUCCGACAUGGAGUUGCUUCUCUUAGAAGCAGUUCUUUACACCAACCAAGAAGAUGGCACUCAAAUACUGCAUCUGCAUCAAUUACAGCUCUGCUUGAAAAGCUCCGCAGAGAAAAAGAUGGCUUCAAACUAGAAAAGUAUGGGAAUAAUGUUCAUGGUGAUCUUAAAGAAAGGGACAUGGUUGAAGAAGACUGGAAACAGGGGCGUGUCAACAAGAAUUCCCCUAAUUUUUACAAAAUUAGCUCUAUUGUUGACAGGAAUGCUGUGUCAACCAGCUUGUCUGAGGCUGAACCACAUAUUAUGAAGUUUAAUGAGGAGCAAAUAGCGCUGUUGCUGUCUGCUUUUUGGAUGCAAGCCAGUCUUUCCGAUAAUUUACCUUCAAAUUUUGAAGCUAUAGCUCAUUCUUUUGUUUUAGCGCUUAUUUCUUCAGGCUUAAAGAAUCCAAAUGACAACCUUGUGGUCCGAUUCUUUCAGCUUUCCCUGUCUCUCAGGAACAAGUCCCUAGACUCUAACGAUGGUAUGUUGCCUCCAGCUUGCCAAAGAUCUAUCUUUGUACUAUCGACAGGCAUGUUGAUGUUUGCGGCCAAGAUAUAUCACAUUCUUGGUCUGAGUGAUUUGCUCAAGUCAUUAGUUCUACAUGAUGUUGAUCCCUAUAUAGGUAUUAGUGAUGACCAUCAAGUAUAUGUAAAGCCUCAGACGAACAUCAGAGAGUAUGGAUCCGCUAGUGAUAAUCAGCUUGCUGCAUCAUUGCUCUCUGAGUUACGGAACAAGAUAUUUGAAUCCAAGAAUGUCAUGAUGGACAUUUUAGUUCAGAGUCUGCGCAGAAUUACUGAGCUGGAGGCUGAUGCCCUAACUAAGCAGCUGUCAGUAUCGUUCACACCAGAUGAUGCAUUCAUGUUUGGUCCACAAUCAAUACUUGAGUUUGACCACAAUCAAAUGGUUUCCAAUUCCAAGAAAUCACUGUCCUUUGAUGGGGACUUUUCCACCAAUUCGUUAGUUGAGGAUGACGCUAUAAGUGAAGUAUCUGUUGCUGACCUUUCUUGCUUCAUACCAAAAGUGCCUCCUCCACCUAUGCCCCAUGUUAUCAGCAUUGGACAGCUUCUGGAAUCGGCACUUGAGGUAGCUGGGCAAGUGGCAGGAACAUCUGUGACUACAUCACCCCUUGCAUACAACACCAUGGCUAGCCAGUGUGAAGCCCUUGGCACAGGCACAAGGAAGAAGCUCUCAAAUUGGUUGGCCCAUGAAAAUCACCAAAGUCGAGCGGUUGACAAAUCGUUUCCAACAUUCCUUGCAGAUGGACACUUGGUUCUCAAAAAGAAAAUAACAAGUGGCCCUGGCCAUGCUCAGGAAAAUGUGGUUCAACAAGACCCAUGGUUGGCUAUGAGGCUGCCUCCUGCCAGCCCAUUUGACAACUUCCUCAAGGCAGCUAGAGGCUAGAAGAUAAGCCACAUUCUAUCUGGUGCUAACUUAUCUUGUAUAGUCUUAGGCAGUGAUUUGAAUUAGUAGCUCAAGUACCUUUGAAUUGAACUCAGAUAAUCUGUAGGCUUCCAUUUCAGUUUGUUAAUAUCCUUGUAUGCACCAUGCACUCUUUGUACUAGCUUAAUGUGUUAACGCAUAAUAGCUUGCUGUAUUUGGUUC